GGCUGGGCUGAAGGCACGCCCGCUGGCACUCUCCGCAUGCCAGCUCAGAGGCACAGAGGCUGAGGGGUCCGCUCCGCCCUCGCACCGCACCGCGCCUUGAUGCCGCCGCCGCGCAGCACCUCUCACCCUUCCUUCUCACCCUCACACCACCCACACGCCUUCUCCCACCCACCCACCUCACUCGCCACCAUGCGUGUCAUCAUCGUUGGCGGCGGUCUCUCUGGCCUCUCGGCCGCGCACACGGCCCUCGAGCGUGGCGCCAACUGCCUCGUGCUCGACAAGAACGCCUUCUUUGGCGGCAACUCGACCAAGGCCACGUCCGGCAUCAACGGCGCCGGCACCAACACGCAGCUCGAGAACGGCAUCCCGGACAGCGCCAAGAUCUUCUUCGAGGACACGAAGAAGUCGGCGCGCGAGCUGGCGCGCCCGGACCUCAUCAAGGUGCUCACGGGCAAGUCGGGCGACGCCGUCAACUGGCUGCAGGACAAGUUCAACCUCGACCUCAGCAAGGUGUCGCGCCUCGGCGGCCACUCGCAGCCGCGCACGCACCGCGGCGGCGCGCAGUUCCCCGGCAUGACGAUCACGUACGCGCAGAUGGAGCGCCUCGAGGACCUGGCCGAGUCGAUGCCCGACCGCGUCGCCAUCGUCAAGAAGGCGCGCGUGACGAACCUCAUCUUUGAGAACGGCGCCGUGCGUGGCGUCGAGUACGAGCACAAGGGCCAGAAGUACCGCGAGGAGGGCGUCGUGGUGCUUGCCACCGGCGGCUACGCGGCCGACUUUGACGACGCCGAGAGCCUGCUCAAGAAGCACCGCCCCGACCUCAUGAAGCUGCCCACCACUAACGGCGACCACUGCACGGGCGACGGCCAGAAGAUGGUGAACCGCAUCGGCGGCAAGCUCAUCGACCUCGAGAAGGUGCAGGUGCACCCGACGGGCCUGGUCGACCCGCGCGACCCCGACGCCAAGGUCAAGUUCCUGGCUGCCGAGGCGCUCCGUGGUGUCGGCGGCCUGCUGCUCGACAACGAGGGCAAGCGCUUCGCCGACGAGCUCGGCCACCGCGACUACGUGACGGGCCGCAUGUGGGAGAACGACAAGUUCCCCGUCCGCCUCGUGCUCAACAGCGCCGCGUCCAAGGAGAUUGAGUGGCACUGCAAGCACUACGAGGGCCGCGGCCUCAUGAAGAAGUUCUCGUCCGGCGACGCGCUUGCCAAGGAGAUUGGCAUCAGCGCCGAGCAGCUCAAGGCGACGUACGACGACUACAACGAGAUCGCCGACGGCAAGAAGAAGUGCCCCUUCAACAAGAAGUUCUUCAGCAACGGCCCGUGGAAGAUGGACGACUCGCUCUACGUCGCGCAGAUGACGCCCGUGCUGCACUACACCAUGGGCGGCAUCGAGGCCAACGAGCACGCGCAGGUCAUCGACACGAGCGGCAAGGUCGUGCCCGGCCUGUUCGCCAGCGGCGAGGCCGUCGGCGGCGUGCACGGCGCCAACCGCCUCGGCGGCUCGUCGCUGCUCGGCUGCGUCGUGUUCGGCCGCGUCGCCGGCGACUCGGCGUCGGCGUACCUCAUGAGCCAGUUCGCCUCGGGCCAGGCCUCGGCGCGUGCCGGCCAGGUCGCGCAGCACCUCGAGACGACUGUGCGCGUCGACCCCGCCACGCAGAAGCUCAACCUCACCUUCAGCUGGGCCGGCCAGCAGGACGCCACGCCGCAGGCCGCGCAGAGCGCGCCCGCGCAGCAGUCGCAGCAGGCGCAGGCGCAGGGCGAGGCCUCGGCCGGCCCCGGCGAGAAGACCAACGGCAAGGGCGCCGACAAGAACAAGAAGUACACGCUCGACGACGUCGCCAAGCACAACACCGAGGACGACUGCUGGAUCGCGGUCAACGGCCAGGUGCUCGACGUCACUAACUUCAUGGACGACCACCCGGGCGGCAAGAAGGCCCUUCUGCUGUACGCCGGCAAGCUUGCGACGGAGGAGUUUAAUAUGCUGCACGAGAAGUCGGUUGUCGAGAAGUACGCCAGCGAGUGCAUUGUCGGCGUCUUCGACGAGCCGCAGUAAAGGAUCCUUCUCUACGCUCGUCGCCGAGGUGCUACUACCCAUCUCCAUCGUUUCCGGCCGCCCGCGC